GUCGGCAUCCGGGUAAACUUCAUGUGUAUCAGUACGUGCACCUACAAUUUACAAUUUAUUGUGUAAUGCUCGCAAAUGUACACAUACCCAUUAAUUUUAUACAAUUAACCUCUUCCCGCAUAGAGGCAUCAAAUGGUGCCAUAUAUAUUUAUUUUUAUUAAAAAUCAGCUUAAAUUAUAACAGUCUUCAUAUAUCAUUCUACAUUAUGAUAACAUAGUAAUGUUUAUAUUUUACUAGUAUAGGUAGCGCUAGUCAUAUUUAAAAUUGGUAGAAAAUGACUAAAAACAGAAAGACUACAGCUUUCCAAAAUUACUACAAGUCAUCCACUUUAGACAAUUUUUUUCAUACAUAAAAAUCAAAUAAACUUUUCGAAAAAAAUAUUUCUGAAUAGAUUUAUAACUUUUGUUUAAGAUAAUAUUAAUUAAAACCGGUUUUGGUAAAUGGAAGAAUUUUUAUAGCGAGAUUUGUUGAUGGAAACAUUUGGUGCCAGCCCGAUUUGGUGGAUGUAUUUUUUCAAUCAAUUUUAUGACGUUUUGUCUAUUUACGUACAAACUAUUGCAUGUCUUUACAUGCGUCUUAUUUUUGUUUUUAUUUCAUCUAUGGAUUUUAAAUUGUUUCCAUUAUUAUCAGUACGUUGUGUUGUUGUACGAGUAAAGUAUUGUUUAUUUGGUCUCAUAAAUAUAUAUUUUUUUUCAAUAAUUUGUGAAAAUGUCUAAAUUAAAUGAACAUACUAUUGCGGAUUUGUUGGAUUUUGAAAUGGAUGAAGACGAAAUGUCUAUACCUUCUGGGUCUGAAUUUUCUGACCAAGAAGAGGACGAAGAACAUUUUUUCAGUGAGUUUGAUGUACCAAAUUAUAAUACUGAUAAUAAUUGUUUCGAUGAUAUUAUGGAUUGGCCUGUAGAAUGUGUGGAAAAUACAGACGUACUUCCCACAUCUACCAAUAACAUUCACGUAGAUCAAAAUCCUAUUAUUAUAAGUGUCCCUCAUAUUUCAUUACUUGAUAAUUCACCUGUUAAAACUCGAUCAAAAAGAAAUAGUGCCAACUCUACCGUCUCUACUCCGUCUUCGUCAGAUCAAACUACACCUGUUUUUCAUACUACGGUAAAUUUCGAUACCCCGAGAACAUGGAUUUCCGGUAAAGAUAAUGAUUUUUGCGAAAACCCACCACCGUUUUUAGGAGAUAAUAAUAUGUCAUAUGAAUGCGAAACGCCGUUUGAGUUUUUCAUGAAAAUAUUUCCAGAAAAAUUAUUUAUGAAAAUUGCAAUGGAGUCUAAUAUUUAUGCUGCGAAUAACAACCGCUCUAAUUUUAAAUUAACGGUUAAUGAACUUAAAACAUAUUUAGGAUUAAACAUUGCUAUGACUUACUUACGUUAUCCGCAACUCAGAAUGUAUUGGUCGUCUGUUGAAGGUAUAAAAAUACCUUUUAUAGCUGAUAAUAUGACCAAUAAUCGUUUUGAAGAAAUAAAACGUAAUUUACAUUUUGCUUCUGACGAGGAACGUGUAAAAGGGGACGGAUACUGGAGAGUACGCCCAGUUCUUGACAUUUUACAUCAAACAUUUCAUGAGGCAAAUGAUAAUUCAGAACACCAAGCAAUUGACGAAAUGAUGAUACCAUUUAAAGGUCGAAAUUCUUUGAAACAAUAUCUUAGAAAUAAACCAAAGAAGUGGGGGUUCAAAGUAUGGGCUAGAGCAGGAGUUUCUGGUUAUAUUUAUUGUUUUGAAAUGUACCAAGGAAGUGAUAAAUCUAAACGAAGUAAAUUUGGUCCAAUUGGUGAUUCAGUUCUAAGACUUUGCCAUGACAUACAUAAUUUAAAUAUAAAAUUAUUUAUGGAUAAUCUUUUUACAUCGCUACCACUUUUAACCGAACUAAGAAACAAUGGUAUAUUUGUUUUGGGAACUUUAAGAUUAAAUCGUGUCAAAAAUAUUCAAUCAUAUUUAGUAGCAGGAAAAUUAUUACCACGUGGUGCAUCUUCAGUCGCUACAUCGAAUGAUAAUAUUUCAGUUGUACGUUGGGUCGACAAUAAAGAAGUACAUACAAUUUCAACGUAUGCUGGAGCUCUUCCUGAAGACGAAACUAAACGUUUUGAUCGUAAAACAAAACAAUUUAUACAAGUUUCUCGCCCAUUUUCAGUUCAGCAAUAUAAUAUGUUCAUGGGCGGAGUAGAUAUGAUGGACCGUAUGAUUUCACAUUAUGCACAUUUAUUUAAAAAUAAAAAAUGGUACCAUCGUAUUUUUUUUCAUUUCCUAAAUGUAUCAAUCGUUAACGCAUGGAUCAUAUAUAAAAAGAAAACAAAUAAUAAUAUGUCACUGCUAAACUUUAAAGCAGAAAUCGCUACAUCUUUAAUUGCAUUUAAUAAGACUACAUCAAAAAAACGAGGAAGGCCAGGCGCUACAGAUGAAUAUAUACCACUAAAAAAACGGGUUGUUACCAAGACUUCAAACGUAAUAAGAUAUGAUGGAUCUAACCACUACCCAAAAAAAGUUUCAACUAACCAUCCACCAAGAUGUCAUGAUGCUGACUGCAAAAGACGUACCCGUUAUAUUUGUUGUAAAUGCCAAGAACCUGUGUGUCCAGAAUGUAUGGAAAAUUUUCAUACGAAAAAAUAAUUCAAUUUUUUUAAUAUUGAUAUAAAAUAAAUUCUUUAAUUUUA